UCCUGGGCCGCCUGGAUGCCGCCGGCCGUGGCGGGCCUGGCGGGUUCCUGCGCCUCCAUCCCGUGCCGCUUCUCGUUCCCCGAGGAGCUGCGGCCGGGCUCGGUGCAGGGGCUCUGGUUCUUCGGCAGCCCCUACCCCCGCCACUACCCGCCCGUGGUGGCGCGGUCGCGGCCGGGGGCGACCCACGAGAGUUUCGCGGGACGCGCGCGGCUCGUGGGGGAGCCGGCGCUGCGGAGCUGCGCGCUGGAGCUGGGGCCGCCGCUCAGCGCCGAGCUCGCCGGCCGCUACUACUUCAGGGUGGACCUGGGAGGGGUGGACCUGGGAGGGUACAACCAGUACAGCUUCAGCGAGCACGCCGCGCUCCAGGUGCUCGAGGAGCCGGCGCUGGAGGUGCCCCCGGAGCUGCCGCAGGUGCUGGAGGUGUCGGGCCCGGCCGAGGCCCUGGAGGGCUCCGAGGUUCACCUGGGCUGCCGGGCCGAGGGCCGCCCCGCCCCGCUGCUCACCUGGUUCCGGGGGCCGCAGGUGCUGCGCGAGGAGCCGGGCGCGGCGGAGCUGCCGCUGCACCUGGCGCAGGUGAGCCCCGAGGACAGCGGCACCUACACCUGCGUGGCCGAGAACCGGCACGGCCGCCACAACCGGAGCCUGGAGCUGCACGUGGCCUACGCCCCGCGCACCCCGAUGGUGAACGGCACGCUGUGGGUGCUGGCAGGUGAGCGGCUGCUGCUCACCUGUGCCUCACCUGUCCAUAUCUCACCUGUCGGGCUGGCGCGCUGCGUCUGCGCCGCCGCGGCCGUGCCGGCGCCCGCCGUGGCCUUCGAGCUGCCCUGGCUCAACGCCACCGUGGCCGAGGGCCACCGCGACUUCGCGCUCACCUGGAGCUCCGCCGGCGCCGCCCGCGCCGCCCUGACGCUGCGCGGGGGCCUGGAGCCCCGGCUGGCCGUGCUCUGCGCCGCCCGCAACGGCCACGGCGCCGCCCGCGCGCAGCUGCGCUUCCACCACCCAGCGGGGCUGGUCUGGGCCAAGGUGGGCCCCGUGGGCGCCGUCGUCGCCUUCGCCGUCGUCAUCGCCCUCGUCUGCUACCUGAGCCAGAGCCGCCGCAAGUGAGCCCCGCCCCCCGCCGGCCACGCCCACCGGGGG